AUGCGCAGGCGUGCCUUCUUGAGAGGGGAUUGGCGGGCGACUGGGCGGGACUCUUCCCGGCGCACGCUCUGUGGGCGGACAGGGCGGAGCUAUCGGCUUCCGUUGGUCCAAGUGUCCCGGCCUGAGGCAUCCUCCCGAACCCUCUCCCUCCCGGCGCCUCGAACGGCAGACCAUUCAUCAAGGAUUUUCUGUCCAAGGCCCAAAAGUUUGUUACCCAAGAUGAUGAAUGCUGACAUGGAUGCAGUUGAUGCUGAAAAUCAGGUGGAACUGGAGGAAAAAACACGACUUAUUAAUCAAGUGUUGGAACUCCAACAUACACUUGAAGAUCUUUCUGCAAGAGUAGAUGCAGUUAAGGAAGAAAAUCUGAAGCUAAAAUCAGAAAACCAAGUUCUUGGACAAUAUAUAGAAAACCUCAUGUCAGCUUCUAGCGUUUUUCAAACAACUGACACAAAAAGCAAAAGAAAAUAAGGGAUUGAUAUCCCUUCUGUUUUAUGGAAUUGCUGCUGAUCUUUUUUUCUUUAAACUUGGAUAGAUUCCAAAAGUUAUAGUUCUUUUGUUUGUGGCUUCAUUGAAUAUUUAUGAAGAUAAUGUCAGAUCUAGGCAAAAUUAAGAGCAUUAACAGAAGACUUCCAUGAGUUUGUGUAUUAUGUUAGUCUAUGAAAACGUGCAAAUGUAUUGUAGAGACUUUAUAAUUAGAAAUGCACAUAUUUACGAAACUUGAAAUUGUUUUAUUGAAUUUGCAUUGAUUUAUAGGUUUAGCACUGUCUUUUAUUAUAGGCAUAGUACGAGACACAAGGAAAUAACCACCAUGUUGUGAAAAAGUGACCAAAAUCAUGUACUAAAUGCACAGCUUUAUGUACCCUGUCCGCCAUCGUGUGCCUCUUCUCCAUUUGCUUCUUCCCAUUUUCCUUCCUCUAGGGAAAAAAUUGGUUUCACGUUUGUAAAAGUGAUUUCACUAGUUAAUCACCUUUGAGAGUAACCUGAACUCUAAUUGUUGAAACUUAACCAAAAUAAGUACUUUCUCAGUUAGGCCUUGUUGUUAUAUUUAGUAAUAAGAUAGGGUUGCUGGUUUCUCUUUAAUCAGUUGAAAACAGAGGCUAUAAAAAUGAUUUUUCUUUGAAAUUGCAUUGUCAAAUUGGGAAGAUUUGAUGUUAAAAACUUCCCUUUGCACAAAAUAACUCACUUGGUAUCUGCAAAGAUGAGUUCUGGUUGUGUGUGUGUUUGACAUAGAAAAUUUUGAGAAAAAUACAAGUAGGAUGGAAAAAGUACUUGGUAAGUAGUAGUAACUAACUCAAAAUAUUUUUACUCCAGAGACAUGUUCUCUCCAGCACAGACAGAUCUUUUGGGGAACAUAUAUGAAAGUGGAUUAAGUUUGACUAACCUGAUCUAAACCACAUCUAGAAUAGUUACAGAAAGUUUGGUCUCAAGGUUUAUUUGCAGGAUCUAGCAGAUCAACUUUUGCAAAAUCCUGUACGAGUGUAUUAGUAUCAGAAUCAUGAAUAAAUGGGAGAGUUUUACAUGUACACUAAUUGAUACUUUCUCAGUGUUUUCUCUACUUCUCCCAGAAUUUUUUGUAAACCCAACUACUUGAUUUGCAGAGUUUUAGUCAUUCUUCAACAAUUUUUAAAAAUUUAGUUUGUAGACUCCAUUUGGUAAGGAAAUUAGUAUCAUAAGUGUAAUGUUAAAAUGUUAAAUAGAAAAAGAGAUCCACUAAUAUAGCUUAUGGUUAUUAGAUUUGGGCCACUUUUAAUCAUGGAAUAAUAAUGUUUGUAUUGGUGUAAGAUUCGAUGACUUUAGCUGUAUGAAUAGUCAUACUGCAAACAUUUUGCAUCCCUUUUGUGACCUUACAUUUAAAAUUGUGUUGCAAUUAUGCUUUGCUGUUUAAUAAAAAGCUAUUUCAGA